AUGGACUUGACUCUCUCAGAUAAGAGUGAAGCCGCGCCAGAGACCGGUACGGUAAAGUCUGGUGAACAUGGUUAUAGGACAAGUGAAGCAGAGGUUACAUGCCACAGUGGAGCUACCGGAGAAAUCCGCCAAGCCUCUACUGCCAAGCUUGCGAAUACCUCAAGCCAGUCGAUUCUUGAGGGAUCCAAAUACAGCUUAUUGGAUCCUCCUGGCCGGCAGUUCAAAGUCAGAAGUCCGACACCCUCGUUGACGAGGUCGUUCCGAGAAAAGAUAUCCAGCCCGAAGUCCAUCGACUAUAAAAGGGAAUUCGUGAUUGAUCAGUUCCGGAUCGAAAUGGACAAGUUGAAAUCUGAUAUGGAGGUGCGCACGAUCGCUCUAAUGCUGAGUGCCGAACGGCAGUCUGAGUCUGCUGAUGCUUCCUCAGAUGAAUAA